AUGGAGGAACAAAUCGUACGCCUGCUUGCGGAGACGCAGGCGCCACAAGAGUCGGUCCUCAAACAAGCGGAGCUGCAACUGCGUCAGCUGUCAACCAACCCGGGCUUUGGGCUCAGUUUGGUCUCCGUCGCCUCGCAUGACUCUGUUCCCCUCAAUAUCCGGCAGGCGGCUCUGCUCUAUCUCAAGAACUUUGUGCAGUCCUCUUGGAGCCCCCAGUUUGACGAAUUCAAGGGUGAGGUGCUGAUCAGCGACGAGGACAAGGCCCGCCUGCGGCACACGCUGCUGGAGAUUGCGCUCGGCGGCGGUCAGGACAGGAAGGUUAAAAGCGCGGCCAGCUACGCCGUGAGCAAAAUCGCCAGCGCUGACUUCCCUGAGGAAUGGCCAGAAUUGCUUCCCACCGUUCUCCAAGUGGUGAGCACGGGGACCGACGAUCAGCUACACGGUGCACUGAAGGUCUUGCGUGAUUUGGUGGACGAAUGCUUCAAUGACACGCAGUUUUUCAGUGUCGCGAGGGACUUGGUCAAGGCUGUCUAUGAAAUCGCCAUUAACGAGGGCAAACGUCCCAUACUGCGAGCUCUUGCCGUCGAUGUCUUCCGGGCCUGCUUCGACAUUCUGGAAAUGGUCAUGGAGGAUCACAAGGCAGCAGUCAAGGGAUUCGCGGACGAGGCAUUGGAAGCGUGGAAGCCGUUCUUUAUGGAUGUUCUCAAGUCAAAGCUACCGGAUCCGCCUACGGAGGAGGAGGAGGAUCGGAGAUCGGAUAAUGCCGAGUUAUACCGCGGGCUGGUUGCACUCAAGUUGCAAGUUGUAAAGGUGCUGAUGAGAAUACGGAGUGUUUUCCCCUCGAACCUAUCUCCUCAAAGCCCGAUGUUAUUCCAGUCGAUGUGGGAAGAGCUAUCGAGCCUGCAGUCGACAUAUCACAAACUUUUCAUUGAGGAAUCGCGACAGAGUCGAUUGGAGGAUGACGACAAUCUUCCGUACACCAUGGACUUCCUGGUGCUCGAGGACUUGGAUUUCAUGCAAGCGUGUCUGCGCGCCACACCUGUUAGGAAGGAGCUCGAGGCAUCUUUGCAAAAGUCUGGGCCUGAGGGAAGUUGGGUAUUUGAAAUGAUGAAGCUCGCAGCUGGAUACGCACAGAUCACGUCCGAAGAGGAGGCUUUGUGGAACAUCGAUGUGAACAUAUUCUUAUCAGAAGAAACGAGUGUCACGGCAAACUAUACCCCUAGGACCGCAUGCGGUGAUCUAGUCAUCAAGCUAGGUGAAACCAUGGCAGCAGCCACUGUUGAUGGCCUUCUCGCUUACACACGAACACUUUAUGCGUCAACUCAAGAUUGGAAAGCAAAGGAGGCCGUACUGUACAUAUUGAACCAGUUGCUCGGUGAUUUCGUGGACAUGGACCGAAGAAUCUCGCCCGAAGCGGCAAAUGGCUUUGUUGACUUCAUCAAGCAUGCUGUAGAGCAGCGGGAUGAGUUCCUACGUGCUCGGGGCUUCCUCGUAGCGGGCAGCUUGACGCGUACGUCAGGAGACGCACUCGGACCAGUCGUGCCGCAGUUCAUGGAUCUUACGAUGCAAGCGAUCAACCACGACGAGUCUGAAGUGGUUAAGGUGGCAUGCAUACGUGCCAUGCAGUACUACUUCCAAUCCGUAUCACCGGAGAUUGCAAAGCCGCUACAGGCCAAUAUUAUUACUGCACUAUCAAACUACCUCCACAGCCAGGAUAUCAACGAGCUCACAGAGUCGGACGACUUGCUUGUCACCCUCGUUGAAACACUUCGUGACGCUAUCUUGCUUGACACUACGGUAUGCUUGCAUGGAUCUGGCCUGGACCUACUUUUCACGGUUGCUAGCCAUAGUUCGAGUAAUUUCAAUAUCUCAUCCCUCGUCAACGAAACUUUCGAAGAGGUUGCUGGCACAUUGUCUGCCACCGGCCCAGAAGCAUACUCUCAGCUUUGCGCCAAAGUGCUACCGUCACUCACUGGCGUCUUCGACAUGGGCACCAUUACCGAGGAGAACGCGCUCACCAACUUAGCUUCCGAACUCCUAGCCAUCCUCACUCGUCAUGGUCGUGAACCGCUCCCUCUUGGAUUUGUAAACACCGCUAUGCCAAAAUUGAGUAAGAUUCUGCUAAACUCCACAGACGGUGAGCUGUUGCAGUCAGCUACACAGGCCGUCAAGAAUAUCCUCAUUCAUGACUAUAAGCAGCUCUUUGAAUGGAAUGAUGAGAAUGGUAAAGGCGGUCUCGAAGUCGUCCUUGUCAUCAUAGACCGCUUGCUUGGAAACACUGUCGAUGAUCACGGCGCAUCGGAAGUCGGUGGUCUUGCUGCAGAGGUUGUCGAAAAAGCUGGUUCUGAACGGCUGGGACCAUAUCUAAUGCAGCUUCUCAGAGCUGUUGCAAUCCGUCUGGGAAGUGCUACGCAGGCACAAUUCAUUCAGAGCUUGAUCCUUGUCUUCGCACGCCUAUCGUUGAUCAGUGCAAAGGAGGUGGUUGAUUUCUUAGCACAGGUGCAGGUCGGCACGGAAAACGGGCUGCAAGUCGUCAUGGCCAAGUGGCUUGAGAAUUCAGUCAACUUUGUCGGCUAUGACGAAAUUCGACAAAAUGUUAUCGCAUUGUCGAAACUGUACGAGCUGCAAGACGAGCGACUGAGUCACAUUCAGGUCAAGGGAGAUCUGAUUGUGAACCAGAACAAUACUGGCCGAAUCAUGACACGCUCGCGUGCACGACAAAACCCCGACCAAUAUACUGUUGUACCGGCAAACCUCAAAAUCAUCAAAGUUCUGAUCGAAGAGCUGCAAGCCGCUGGCGGAGCAACACAAUUGUCGCCGACGGAGAUUGAAAAGCUCGAAGAAGCCGCUAGCGAUGAUGGUGAUUGGGAGGACGAUCCCGAGACCUUUGAUCUUGGCCAAGGUUCCGUAAAGGCCGAACUCAUGGCGUACGCUGAAGAGAAGCCGUACAACAAUCGCCAACGCGAUGACGAGACACAAGGCUAUCUCAUUCAAUUUUUCCACAAUGCGGCAACGAAGCCAGAGUUCCAGGAGGUGUUCAACGCACUUACCCCAGUCGAACAGGAGAAGCUGAGAUCAUAUGCCUAG